AUGAAGAACGCCCUUGCGCUCAAGCAUCUCGCAGAGAGCCUUGUGCUCCCGAUGGUGGGCAUCGACAAGGGUCUGAAGAGCAGUUAUCCCAGCCCGAGACCGAUCAACAAUCCACACGAGCUACCCUUAGCUCGUCACGAAGAGAUGUCAGAGCUCUCUCGUUCUCUAGCUGAGCAAAGGCAAGCUCUGAUCGAUGCUUCAAGACAGCGUCAUCCAGUUGGAGACGUCUGUCCCGCUCAUGUUCGAGAUCGCCGCGUAACCCUUGCGUUACGCGAUCAAAGAAGCUCUCGGGAACACACGGAUCCCCACGAUUGUGUGGAGAGCGUCUUCCCUCCUCCUCCACCUCCGUUAGAGGACUCUCGCGGUGGCCAGCGCUAUCUAGUUGAGCAACUGUUGAACCACCGCGACGUGAACGGACGUCGGACGAGUUAUCUCGUCCGGUGCCGCGGCUUUCCCCCAUCCUGGGAUUCUUGGGAGCCCCGCUCCCAACUGAUGGUUGACGUACUGGGUUUGGUUAAGCAGUACGACACGGCACAUCCUGUGCCGCAGAAGGACCGCCGGAGAAAGUCUUCCCGGCACGGUCGUAAAGGGAUUUCAGGUUGUCAAUCCCUUCGUACAUCUCACAAGAAAUGCGUACGCGCCACCACGGGGUAUUAG